ACUGAAGGUCUCUUGGGCCAGAGGGUGGAGUGGAGUUUAUGGAUCAGAUGCAGGUUCUGCCUGUGGUGGACCAGAGAUGUCUCUUUAAAAUUGGCUAUACGACACCCUGCAGGAAUAGGCAAGGAACAAUCUGCUGUGAACUGCUUCUCAGAAAUAUGUACAUUUAGAUUCCCACAGUCAGUAUUUUCACAAUCCCAGUUCUGAACGAAAUGCUGGUUAUCGCAGUUCUCCUGUUUGUCCUUGGCCUUAUCAGAUGCCAGGAUUUACCAACUUACGAUCUGUUGGAGGAGUUCCGCCUGUCUAAGUCCAGAGGGGUGAGAAGGGUGGACGGAUCUGGACCUGAUGCGGUGGCCUACCGCAUAAAUCCCUCCCUCCAUCUCAAGAAGAGCACAAGUGAUGUCUACCCAGACGGUUUACCCUCAGACUACUCAAUCAUCGCCACCUUUAAAGUGACCAAUGAAACCGCUACAACAUCCUGGAACCUGUGGCAAGUGACCGACCCUGAAGGCCGUGAGCAGGUCGGCCUGCGUUUUCAGGGCGACACUCAAUCCCUGGACUUUUUCUACACCCGACCACAAGGCACGCAGAUGCUGCGGACAUUUCAGAGAGUAGAGAAACUGUUUGACGGAGAGUGGCACAAGUUAGCACUGAGUGUGAAGGGAGAGCGGGUGAAGCUGCUGGUGGACUGUGAAGAGGUCAGCGUUGAGCCGCUAGAUGAGCCACGGCCCGUGAUCCGAAAGGGUUUUACCUCUAUUGCAAAGAGGGCUGCGGGUGACCGAUCUGUCUCGGUGGACCUGCAACAGAUGAAGGUCUCAUGUGAUGCUGACCAGGCAUACUCAGAGGGCUGCUGUGAACUCUCCAGUGUGUGCGGUGGAUAUGCUGAGAUUGGUUUAACUGCGGGCAGAGAAAGAGCCACCUGUAAAUGUGUGCACGGACAGCCGGGUGUACAGGGGCAGACAGGUCCAAAGGGUCACAGAGGCCUGCCAGGGAAUACAGGAGAGCCAGGCAGAACGGGAAACUGGGGGAUACGUGGAGACACUGGAGAUUAUGGACCUGUAGGUGAACCUGGGCCUAAGGGUGAAGAAGGUAUCAAAGGAGAAAAGGGCAUGAGAGGACUUCGAGGCCAGGAGGGUGACAGAGGACCCAAAGGCCUGAAAGGGUUAAAAGGAGCCAUGGGCCAUAAGGGAGUGCAAGGGGCUCCUGGAGAGAGGGGUGAAACAGGCCGGGAAGGGGAAGACGGUGAAGCAGGAGAACAGGGAUACGAGGGCAUUGCAGGAUAUCAGGGAGUGAAGGGAAAUGAAGGUUUACCUGGAGCCGAAGGAUCUCGUGGACCACGGGGUCGCCUGGGAAUUGUGGGAGAUCCUGGUGAGCGAGGAACACCUGGAGAAAAGGGGAAGCCAGGUGUUCAAGGGACAAAAGGAAGAGUUGGUGGAAUGGGGGAAACGGGCAUUGCUGGUGAUCCAGGUUUGCCAGGACGAGAUGGAGACCCCGGUAUUGAGGCUUAUCAAGGACCACAGGGACCUGAGGGCAGACAUGGACAAGAUGGCAUAAGGGGUGAAAAAGGAGAACAAGGCCCUCCGGGAAACAUGGGCCCUCCAGGACUCACGGGUUUACAAGGUUACAAGGGCUCUGCUGCAAAGCCAGGAAGACCAGGAUUUAUUGGGCCCCCUGGACGAACAGGACACAUGGGGAUACCUGGCAGACCAGGCCCAAAGGGUGACACCGGCAUUCAAGGGGUCCAAGGAAGCAAAGGGCAGAAGGGUGCAAAAGGUGUCAAAGGACCUAAGGGCAAGACAGGGGAUGCGGGGGUGCCAGGUGAACUGGGAAACAGAGGAAAGCGAGGCCCUGCUGGAGAGCUGGGUAGAAAAGGCCGUUUAGGGUCCAAGGGUGUGCGAGGUGACAGUGGUCCAGUGGGCUUUCAGGGACCACCAGGUCCACCAGGUCCAACUCUACCUGCUCAACACGUUAUCGAGGUGUGCAAGCGGGUGGUGCUGGAGCAGAUGUCCACCUUUGCCAACUCUGUGAGGAGAACAUGCGCAGCCGUGUGCCCGCUUUAUGGAGAUGUGCCAAUGGGCCCACCAGGUCCCCGAGGACCAAAGGGUCCAACCGGACCUCCGGGUGAAGCAGGAACUGAUGGACUUAAAGGAGAAAUUGGACAGCAAGGAUUCUAUGGGGAGCCCGGUGACCAGGGCAGGUUGGGCUCACCAGGUGACAGUGGAGAACAAGGUGACAAGGGAGCUAAAGGCUACGGCCUUCCUGGCUACAUUGGUGACCAGGGACCAAAAGGUCAGCGUGGGAGACCCGGCCGGGCAUUUGAUGGACAACCAGGUCGGAUGGGUGAGAGGGGCCACAUUGGCCAGUCUGGUUUAAGAGGACACCCUGGACUGCGUGGUGUUCCCGGGGUCUGCUUGACAUCUGGAUGUGCUUUACUCAAUACUACUGCUCAUGGGUCCCCUCAACAGUUAUCUCAACAGAUACCGCAGCUGGAACCUCAGCGGGCAACUCGUCAGCGAUUGAGGGGGCGUCAGUGACCGCACGCUUAAAGACCACACAGUGACAUUGGGACCAAUGUGGAUAAUAGUGGAGAAACCAUUAGUAGUUGAAAUAAAAAGAUAUAUGUAAAUAUGAAAUAGAAAUUGUCGAUUAAAAGGCUGAGAUAUAUUGAAUCAACACUGUCGAAAUUCACAACAUUCAUAUUGGCUGACCAACUUAAUUAUGAUCCACAAGAAAGGUAAUUUGCACAUAUUAUAAUAGGAAUUAAUGUACUGUACAUGUACAGUAGUUUCAAAGUGAUGUGCAAGUCGCUUUGGUGUUUAUAAUA